UUCAAGGCAACCUUUGAAAUUACACUGGUUGUGCCACCUGGUUACGAGGCUAUCAGCAAUUCAGUGGGCAAAUCAGUAGCUAGUACCAAGAGUGCACAACAAAGGGAAACAGAUAGCCAAGAAAUAGUAUUUGCAAAAACACCUUUUAUGUCAACCUAUCUGGUUGCUUUUAUUGUCUACAAUAAAGACACGUAUAAAUCAACAGGAUAUGCUAGUGGAGACUUACCGUUUAGAACAUGGGCUAGUAUCGAUGAAAUUGCAGCUGGGUCAGGCACUCUGAGCCAGACAGAAGGACCAAAAAUUAUCGCCCAACUGGAAAAAUACACAGGAAUACUCUACACAGCGAACUCACAGAAAAUAGAUCAAGCAGCUAUUCCGGAUUUCUCGUUCGGGGCCAUGGAGAACUGGGGA